GCAUCUGCCGAAUGCUAUCUCUCUCGCACCCCGGCGCUUCCCUGGCGAUACACCAUGCAGUCAGGGACAGCAGCCAAACCACUUGUUUCUGCUCCGUGUCUUCUGCUAGGUGGUUUUCACAAUGUUUGGUGCAGUUUUAGAUUAAAAGAAAGUGGUAGAAUUAUCGAGCGUCGCUUGGAAAACUCUCGAAAUUCAUUUUCUCUGUGAUUUGUGGACAAGUUAUAUAAGGUGCCUCACCUACUCCAGGCUCUCCAGUUUGCCUCAGCACAGCUUCCAACACAGUUCAAUCGAAAAUGUCUUCCUUGCCUAUUGGUUAUUUGACUAGAAAAGAAAUUAUCAGUGCUUGUCAUCGCUUACACAGUCCUCAGCUUAGUGAUGAGCAGAACAAGGAAACUUAUGGGAAGUGCAACAAUUUUCAUGGCCAUGGGCACAACUACGUUAUUGAGGUGACUCUCCGAGGCCCCAUUGACAGGGCUACAGGAAUGGUAAUGAACAUCAAUGAUCUGAAAAUUUACAUGAAGAAAGCUAUAAUGGACACAAUGGACCACAAGAAUAUUGAUAAGGAUGUGCCAUACUUUAAGGAUGUUGUCAGCACCACAGAGCACGUUGCUGUGUUUGUGUGGGAUGGACUGAAGGCUCAACUUCCUCAACCAGAAAUUUUGUAUGAAGUCAAGAUCUUUGAAACUGAGAAGAACAUUAUUCGCUUCCGUGGAGAGUACACAAACUAGAGAAAUAUGACAAAAGAUAUAUAAUAUAUACCAUUUACAAAAUAUACUCUGCUUGUGUUCAUUAAGGCUAAGAAUAAAUAUAAAUUACAGAGAGGCAAAAAUAUA